AUGAAUGAUGACCUUAUAGCUCCUGUCUCUAAAUGGGAGGUCAAAUUAGCGCUUUUUGCCAUGCACCCAGAGAAAGCUCCAGGACCAGAUGGGAUGACUGCACUUUUCUACCAGAAAUUUUGGGAUAUAGUAAAGGAGGAUUUAACUCUUAUGGUUAAUAAAUUUCUUCUUGAGGGGACGAUGGUGAACAGACUGAAUGACAAAAAUAUAUGUCUCAUCCCGAAGAUAACAAAGCCUAAUGCAAUGACUCAAUUCAGACCCAUUAGCCUGUGCAAUGUCAGCUACAAGAUAAUCUCUAAAGUCUUAUGCCAAAGGUUGAAAAAAGUGCUACCAGGUUUGAUAUCGGAAACCCAGUUAGCCUUUGUUGCUGGGAGACAGAUUUCAGAUAAUGUUAUGAUCGCUCAGGAAAUGUUCCACGCAUUGAGAACGAAACCGAGUGGACGAAAUAAAAGGAUGGCCAUCAAGACAGACAUGAGCAAAGCAUAUGAUAGGAUGGAGUGGUCGUUUAUUGAAGUUGUCCUACGUAAAAUGGGAUUCUCAGAAACUUGGACUAGCUGGGUCAUGCGAUGCAUUACAUCGGUGAAAUAUAGGGUUCUCAUGAAUGGAGAGCCAAGAGGGAAUAUUAUUCCAGGUGGAAAAGAAGUACUGGUAAAAUCCAUUAUGCUCGCUCUUCCGACAUACGUCAUAUCAACUUUCCUGCUCCCAUUGGAGAUAUGUGAAAAUUUGGCAAGUGCCAUUGCUCAGUUCUGGUGGAGCUCGAAUCCACCAAAAAGGGGAAUACACUGGGCGAAAUGGGAGAAAGUCUGUCUACCCAGAGAGGAGGGUGGAAUUGGCUUCCGAUUGAUUCAUGACUUUAAUCUGGCGCUUCUGGCUAAACAACUAUGGAGACUAGUACAGUUUCCUGAUUCCCUGGUCGCCCGAGUCUUACGGGGAAGGUACUAUAGAUUGAGCUCACCACUGAGAGUAAGCCCUGUUAGUAGCUCAUCCUAUGUGUGGACUAGCAUCUCUGCUGCAAGAAAAUUGCUGCUACUGGGGUUUAGACAGAAGAUACACUCAGGCUAUGAGGUUAAGGUAUGGGAGGAUCCAUGGAUUCCAUCGAAUCCCGCCAGGCCAGCUGCCCCCAUAGCUCCUGUGAUGAACCCUAACAUGAGAGUAAGCGAUCUUAUUGAUCAGGGAUUGAAGGAUUGGGAUGUGGGACUGUUGGAGAACUAUGUUCAUCCUGAGGAUAUACCACUCAUAAGGAGUUUGGCCAUAAGCUCAACGCACCGUCGUGAUACUUUCUGCUGGAACUUUACAAGGAGUGGCCAAUACACGGUUAAAUCUGGAUAUUGGGUGGCACAUAAUUUAUUAAAGUUAACAGAGGAGAAGGAAGUUUUGGAGCCAAGUAUUACAAAGCUCCAGGCCUUUGCAUGGAAACUGAAGGCCCCUACGAAGAUAUGUCAUCUUAUGUGGCAGUUGUUAACUGGUCAUGUGGCAGUAACGAGGAAUUUAGUUAGACGCAAUAUGCGGUGUGACAAUUACUGCCCAAGAUGUGGAGAAGCAGAGGAGACUGUCACACAUGCAAUCUUUGAAUGUCCACCAGCCCGUCAAGUAUGGUCUUUAUCUUCAACCCCGACGUGCCCAAAUAUUUUUCCGGUAUCGAGCGUAUACACAAACAUGGAUUAUCUAUUUUGGAGGAAAAAUAGUAUCAUGGAGCCAGAGCAAGACAGGUAUCCUUAUCCCUGGAUAAUAUGGUUCAUUUUGAAGGCUAGGAAUGAAAAACUCUUCAGGGGCAUAGAUAGAGAUCCUCUGGAACUAGUUAGACAUGCUGAGAGUGAAUGCCAUGCAUGGUUUGAAGCUAAUGAGGUGGUACAAGCAGUUACACAAGACACUAUAAAUGAGGAACCCCAAGCCGUAUGCUUGGAAAAUAUUUGUUUACAAGAUGGUUCUUGGACCCUUUCAGCUAACUUUAGUGGAUGUGGAUGGACAUGGAUGGAUAGCUCAGGGAAUAUUCAGCUUAUGGGGACAAAAAACUUCCCUCGACGUGAAUCAGCCUUGCAUUCGGGGGUAGAAGCACUGCGGUGGGCGAUGGAGAGUAUGCUGCAGCACUCGACCUGCCAGAGCUUUGGGACAGACUGUAAGGAACUGAUUGCUAUGGUUAAGGAUCCUCAGGCGUGGCCAAGCUUUGCGACAGAAUUGGAGAGAAUAGAGACGCUACAGAUAUGCUUCCCGGACUUCAACAUCACUUACAUUCCACGGGCGCAUAAUCAGACUGCAGAUUUUCUAGCUAAGACUGCUAGAUCUUUUCGUAGAGAGUUACACUUUAGCAUUUAA